AAGCUUCAACGGCUAGCGAGUAGCGCAUACGAAGGAGAGAUGGGGGCGAUAACGAUGAGCGAUGAGGCGAUGGAGUCUCUGCUUCGAUCCUUUGAUCAAAUCUCACAAGGAUACAAAGAUGCACUUGCAGAAAUCUAGUCACUAAGAUUGAGCUACAGUUCGGAAAAUAGGAGAUGUGAAGUUCUUGAAACCACAUAUAAUGGUCUUAAAAUAGGUCAGCAAUUGUACAGAUUCGGUCACAAAGCGGAUGGUCCUUGCAGUUUUUACUUUGUACCCAAAAUUUUGUCCAAACACAAUCUUGGAGGGUUCAUGAUAGAACUAAAAAUUGACAAUGAGCGCUUGCGAAAGUUGUAUGCUGAAACCUUGUUAAAAUUUGCUAACCAGAUGAAAUGUCACAUAGAAUCUCAAAGUUUAAAAGGUGAACUUGAAAAGGCAAACUGCAGAUUGCUCAAUUUGGAAGAAGAGCAUAAGAGGACUAUAGCAAUUCUUAAGCAAGAGAAUGAAUAGAAGAUCCAUGAUAUAGCAAACCAGCUCAGCUGCUCUCUUCUUCAACGAGAAGCAGAUGAAGCUACAAUAAAGCAACUCCAGCUUGAUUUAGCUGCUCGUGAAAGUCAUAUUAGCACCCUAAGUGAGAAGCUAGGCCAGGUUACUGCUGAUGUGGAUACGAAAUACCAUCAAGAGAUACAGGAUUUGAAGGACUGGAUUGUGGUGGAACAGGAAGAAAAAAAUGAGUUGCACAAUAAGAACCAAACAACUGUUAAUGAAAUGAAACUCAUGAAAAUUAGGCAGGCAGAGCAACUGAAAGAUUCUGUUUCUAUUCAUCAUGUCGAGACACUGAAGCAGAAGAUCAUGAAACUUCGGAAAGGGAAUGAGUCUUUGAAGAGGCGGCUACUUGCCUCUGAAUUCAGUGGUGUAGGAAACUGAUCCUGGCUCAUCAAAUUCUCUGGCGAAAUAUUUCAUUAGUCCUGAUCUUAAACUGUGCAGAGAUUCUAUAUGUGAAUAUGUAACUUGAAUGUGGAUAUUUUUCAUUGAGAGAGAGAGUGCGAGGUGAUGAAUCAUUUGCAUCUUUAGCUUCUAACUAAGAAAAUAUUGCAACUGAUAGAAAUUUCUGUGUUAUUUGAUACUUCAUGGACAUAAAUAGAAAAUCCUAGAUUUCAAGGUUAAUUGUAAUGAAA